AGCCAAGGAUUGUGACAUUUGUGGUGUUUUGAAAUUAAUCGAAUGGGACGACCGGUAGAAAAUCUAAAACCUUAUCUAAAACCGAUUUGACAUUAGUCAGUACGGUACCUUUGUUUACUAUCUGAGAAGGAACGUUUUCAUUGGUGCUUGCGAUGUAAAAGUUUGCGACGCGGAGGAAAUCUCUUGUUGAAUAUUCUCAGAUUUUUUUUAUUGUUACAAGUAAGGUGCCAUGAAUCGACCAAACCGGAUGCAGUUCGACCAAAUUUGUCGAUUGUGCUUGAACCUUUCUGAUUUGGUGAAUAUUUUCGAACGACAUCCGAAGACACAGAAAGAGUCGCUUGGUUUGCUAGUACGCGAGACCGUUGAAAUGCUGGGACUAGCGAUAGAACCAGAGGAUGGCCUUCCCAAAAAGAUAUGCGUUAAUUGCAAAGAUUUCUUACGACAGCUUUACAAAUUCAGGAACCAGUGUCAGGAAGCAAACGAUCUUCUGGUGGAAGCACUUACCUCUUCGUCCGCAGAACAAAAACAGCAGCUAGCGCAAGAGCCUCUGCUAGUGUCUCAUACCCAGUCAGUGCUUAAAAAUGAAUGUUUGGAGGAUGUUGAAAUAGAACCUAAUUUCGAAGCAGCACCUCAAAGUGUUCCAAUUCACCCCCCAGUUGAGGAAUCUAUUGCGGAAAUUGAUUCUUGCAGUAAUUUCUCGGACCAAGUGUGUGUGAAAAUAGAGUCACCAAACUCCCAACAGUUAUCGCAGAUUGUUGAACAUGUUGAGCACUAUGAAUUUCUAGAUGCCGAGGAAGAAAGUGUUCAAGAUGAAACAACAUAUGAUCACGUUGAUCUAAGAGAAACAGAGAUUGAGUCGGAGUAUGUAAUCGAAACAUACGACGAUAUUGCAUCGGACGAACAGAAUUCAGUAUUUCGUGAGGAUGGAGAGUAUACUGAAUGCAAGCCUGAACAUGACAAAGUGAACGAACGCCAACAGGUAUUCGAACAGUUGGAUAUCUCUGCAAUGAAAUCAAACAAAGGACAGUUGUGUAAGAUGUGCGGCAAAUUUUCCACUUGCUUAAAAUAUCAUAUGAUGUGCCAUACCGGAGAACGACCAUUCGCUUGUAAUCAAUGUGAAAAAUCUUUCCGAACCGCCACUAAACUGAGAAUACAUGUAAAUUGUGUACAUCUCAAGGUCAGAAAGUACACUUGUGAUGUAUGUAACAGGAAAUUUCUCGACUCUGGUAAUUUACGAAAUCACAAAGUUAUCCAUAGUGGCGAACGUAAGUAUGUAUGCAAUUACGAAGGAUGCAACAAAACGUUUGCCCUACCGGGAACACUGACUGUUCACAAAAAAUCUCACACCCAGGAUAAACAGUUUGCUUGCGAUUAUUGCUCCAAGUUGUUUCUUUACAAGUGGCUUCUAGUGAAGCAUCUGAGGACGCAUACCGGCGAAAAACCGUAUCAAUGCGAUGUUUGCCAAAAAAAGUUUUCAACAACUACUCACAUGCAUACGCAUAAGAAGAAGAUACAUGAUCGUACCCAAGAGAAAUCGCCCAGAAAACUUGUGGCCUUUAAAAGGGAACUGCACACAGAACCGAAUGAUUUGUGUGAGUCAGAACUAAUUAUUGGUGCUGAAAAUUAGGAUGUUUUAAAGCACUUGAGCUCUUAGUACUAGCAAUAGAGUUAGUUACAUAACAUAUGCGUGAUGUUGCACGCCUGCACGUGCCGUAAACUGUUAAACUCGUCGUCAUCGUACAAAAACCAUGCUCUGAUUAGCAUUCGCUUACUUUUUACGCUGAGAUAAUGAUGAUGUCGGUAGAUAUGUAAAUAUACUAAGUAAAAUGCACGCAAGUGUUCA